AUGUAUUCUCUAUUCAGCUGUAUGAUUCUGGGAGUUUUCCUGCUCAUGGCACAGCAUAGCGCUGCUCAGGAGAUAAAAAAUACGGAUGCUGCCAAUCUGUAUGCGGAUGCCGUAAAAAAAGCGGCUGCACUGGAGGCAAGAGUGCUUCAAGGACUUCCACCACUUGAAAAAAAUUAUCGAGCAAGACUAGGCUUCCAACGUUCGAAACUUUACGCAGGGAUGCAUUUCCUCUGUACCGCCUCUGAUGAGAUUGCUAUGGAUUUUAAACUUUGCCACGGUGUUGGGGUGGUGCAACCUUGUAAAGGUCCAGGAUACUGCACGAACGCAGGCUUCUGUUCUUCCGAUGAAUCAGAAUGCAUUUGUCCCCCGGCCUUCGGUGGGACAAAAUGCGAAACUUUGAAAUGCGCUUUCGACCCAGCUACACCACUCAAUCAGCCAAUUUACCAAGAACCGAAGUGUUUCUUCUGGGCUGAGACCUUAGUGGCCCGAAGCUUGGGUGUGCUAUCAUCUACUGAAGUCCUCAGUUCUACAACCGGUAAAUGUAAAGGUGGGGCUUUGGCUUACGACGGAACAUGUCAUUGCCCUCCCGGGCAAACGGUUAAUAAUGGCGAGUGCUCAAAUCCACAGACUGACAUUAGAAUCGAUGCAUCCACUUGCAAGGUUCCUGGUUACCGCAACACCACAAGAAACGCACUCGGCACUGUCACGGAGGACCUGUGUUGCUGGAAACUUCCUAUUUUUCGCGCACCCCUCUGCGAUAGCGCUUACUGCCCGGCCGGCAAGGUUCGCACCUAUCCAGGUACUUUUUGCGUUUAACAAAUGCCCUGAACAGCAGGUUGCGAGGAAUAAGCAAUGCUCUACAGAUCAUUCUUCUGGACAGACUCGGAGACUUACAAAACAAGGACUUGGUUCCUGAUUGACUUCCCCGUUUCGUCUUAUGAUUAGUAAUUCUGCUUAACCUUGAAUGUACCAUUUCCAUCUUUGAUAAAAAAUAUCUAUUCUUUUUUUCCAUAUUUUGUGGGGCCUUCAGUGUCGGUAGACCGAAACUUAGCCCCUGUUGUACUAAUAAUAUUAUGUUGUACAUGGAAA